AUGUUCAUCGACAUUGAUAAUUUUGAGCAAAACAAAUAAACAAUAAUGGAGCAGAUAAAGCUAUGUGACUUUCUGGGGUUUGAUCUUGAGUUAACUGGAAUAAAAGGGGAAUAUUAAGAUACAUUUGAAGAAUUACCAUUUGAAAGAUAUUUAAAGAUACGAAAAGUAAGUAUGAAAUAUAAUAUCAUUCAAUUUGGAUUGUGCAUCUUUAUCAAAAAAUAAAAAGGGUAUGUCGCAUUUCCUUAUACGUUCUAUUUGUUUCCUCAAGAUUUAGAUGACUUCGUGGGUUUAUAGGUGGGAGCAGUAUUUUUUAACAGUGAGCAUGGCAUGGAUUGGAAUAGGUGGAUUAACAAAGGAGUAGGUUAUUUGAACAGGGCACAAUAUUAGAAGCUUCAAGAUGAUUAUAACAAAGACUUCCAAUAAUUGGAUUAGGAAGAGUUGAAGAACCAAUUCGAAAAGAUCUUGGAAGAUGUCAAACCGAUAGAUAAAAAGACAAUUCGAGAGUUAAUUGACAAGUUAGAGAAAUUCAAUAAGUCUGACGAGAAACAAAUAACAAUAGAAACGACAAAUGGGUAUCAAAGGAAAGUGAUUUAUACUUACUUAGAGGCUUAUUAAAAAAAUAUGAUUGGGGAAUCUUUAUUGAAAGGAGAAAUGAAAAUAACAAAAUUAACAAAUGCAGAAAAAUAGGCUAAGGAUGAAGAAAAAUAUUUAUUAAAAACAAAUAGAUUUUAAACUAAAACAGGAUUCUAUUAAAUUUGGGAAUGCAUUUUGAAUUCUAAAAAGUACAUUGUAGGACACAAUUGUUUUGCAGAUAUUAUGUUUUGUUACAGUCAUUUUGUUUAAUGUCCUCCAAUAUCAUGGGAAGAAUUUAAGGAGGAUGUUGUUAAGCAUUGGCCACCAAUAUAUGAUACAAAAUACAUCAUUUAAUCAGCUUAACCAUUGGAAAAAAUUAGAAGUAAAUUUGAGACAUCAACUUCUGUUGAAAAUCUGGCUGAAUUCAUAAAAAACAACAUGAAUUACAUUUAAAUAGAUGUGAAUUUAGAUUAAAAUGCCUAUCAUACUGCUGGGUUUGAUGCUUAUAUGACUGGAUUUAUAUUUAUCAAUUUGACCAAAGACUUUACCCAAUAAGAAUUAUUGAGUCAAAAGAAUAAAUUAAAUUAAUUUAAAAACAAUUAUAGUAUUAAUUUGAAUACUGCUGAAGACAUUAAGUUAACAUAGAAAUAUAUAAUCUACAUCAAAUUUCCAGAAGAAGAGAGAAAAAAUUAAUAAGUCUAAAAGUCUCAAAGAAUAUAAUUUUAAAAGUAAGCCUUUGACAAUAUUAUUAAUGCUUUAAAGCAACAGCAAUUUGACAUAUCAGCUUACCGUAUUAUCCAUUAUAAAUAUAUUUACAUUGAGUUCAACUAGGAAUAUGAUCUGAAGUAGAUUCAAAGCGCCUUAUAAUAAGUCGGGGAAUUUUAGGAAUGUUAACUCUUUAAUGAGAAACAAUAUGAAAUGGAUAGAAGAGAAUUCAAAGAGAAGGAGGCGAAGUCAGACAAAUUUGAUAAAAGAUGA